UCCUUUGUCAUGCUUCCAAACUUUACAUUCCAAUGUCGUGAGGUCAACAAAAGCAUUCAAAGGAAUUUGUCGCGUGAAGUAAUUCGCAGCGAAAUUUCGCAAGACUUUUUCUCACUGGAGAUUGGGCAUUGUUUAUGACGUUGUUUGGUUGCAUGAUACGUGCAUGAUGAUUGCGGACAUGCAGUAGUAGUAAGAGCCGGUCGUCAUUCACUCGUUGGCAGGACAAGAGGGUUUUUUAAGUAUGGCACACCAGUUUGAGGAAAGCUCUUCGGUUGAAGUUAUUAAAGAUGAUUUUAAAAUCCGAGAUCUGUUUGAUUCCAAAAAGGAUUUGCUAUUAAAACAGAGCGAUGUCGACGUAUUGUAUAUUGUGAAUCUUGGCGAAGUAAUCAACAGAAUAGACUUGUUCAGGAAGUACUUGCCAAAUGUAGAACCAUUCUAUGCAGUGAAAUGCAACCCGGAUCCAGUGGUUUUGAAAUUGCUGGGAGCGAGUAACCUUGGAUUCGAUUGUGCCAGCAAAGAAGAAAUUAAGGCGGUAUUAAAAACGGGUGUCUUGCCAAACAAAAUCAUAUUUUCACACACAAUAAAAAAAAUCCCCCAUAUUCAAUUCGCCAAAAAGCACAAUAUCAGUAUUUUGACAUUUGACAGUGAAAGUGAACUGAAUAAAAUCAAAAUGAUAUACCAAGAUGCCAAAUUGGUCAUGAGAAUUUUUGUUGACAGUUCAAAAGCUGGAUAUCCGAUGGGUACCAAAUUUGGGGUCAAAGAGAGUUCAACUAGAGGGUUACUCGAGAAGGCAAAGCAGCUUCAAUUGAAUGUCAUUGGUGUGAGUUUUCAUGUUGGCAGUUCUUGCUUGCAUAUUGAAACAUAUGAAAAAGCAAUUAAAGCAGCAAGAAAGACGUUUGAUGAAGCGUCCAGUUUAGGAUUUCAGUUUACUCUUCUUGACAUUGGAGGAGGAUUUCCUGGUGCAAAAGGAACGGAAAGUACCUUUGUCGAGCUUGCAGAAACGUUACAGCUGUCUUUCAAAGAGCAUUUUCCUUCAACUUCUGGAGUCCGAAUCAUUGCUGAGCCAGGAAGAUAUUUUGUUGAUAGUGCUUUUUCUUGUGCUAGUGAAAUAAUUGCUGUAAAGAUUUCUGGAGAGGGAACUUGCAUAGAAGACGAUUCUGAUAAGACACAGCUGGAGUACUAUUUAACUAACAGCAUUUUUACAUCCUUUGGCUUUCCUGAGCGAGAGGUUGUCCCAAUGAUCAUCAAGGAGUGCGUAGGCCAAGAAAGGUAUCCUUCUUUCUUGUGGGGUGUGACGUGUUGUCCAAUAGACCACAUCGCAGAGGAUGUUCUCCUUCCUAAGAUGGAAGUUGGUGAUUUGCUGUUUUUUGAAAGCAUGGGAGCUUAUUCUCUUGCUUUGAGUUGUCGAUUCAAUGGAUAUGGCAAUGUCAAGAUUUGUUACGUGGUACCAGAAUCAAAAAGAGAUAGGUUGCUAGACUUUUCUGCUACAAACGGAUAUCAUUAACGCAAAUUGCUAGAUACUAUCUUUUAAACCUAAAAAAUAUUUCUAGAUAAGAUAUGAUAUCUUUUAUUUAUGGAAAUGACGUUAAAAAUAUCUAUCUUUAAUAAUUUGAUAGUAUAGAUGUUAUGUUGUUGUAUAACUUCGCUUUACUUUUUGUAUUUGAUGUUGUUAUUAUUACAAGAAAUGAAUUCUUUUGAAAAUAUCCUAGACAACAGUUUAUGCUUACAGCUUGCUAUUCCAAAUAUGCUUUUAGCUAUUAGUUUAGCAUGUUAGUUCGGAACAGCUGAGGCUACUAGAAUGGGA